AUGAGCAGCAGCAAGACAUCAACCAAACUUCGCCUCAAAGUACCAUCGAACCAGGACAAGAACCAGCAGAACAACAGCCCAAACAACCCAAACGACGACCAGAACCUGGGCAUCGCAAACUAUCUCCAGGGAUACGACAGGGAACUAGACUCAGACCAGGAUGAGCCGAUCGGAUUCGAGGAACAGUUCAUACUCAAACUGCCCGACAGCCUCUCAAACGAAUCAAACAAACUCAGGGAACUCGUCGAGUCCCGCAAGGAGAUCAACUCAGACCAGCAGAACAUCUUCUUCAAAUUCAAAGACUCCCGAAGGGGCCUCUUCAACAUCGGCGAUAAGAUGUUCGCCAUGAAGCUCGUCGACCUGCCAUGCAUCAUCGAAUCCCAGAAGACCUUCGACAACAAACACAUGUUGAAGAUUGCUGACAUCUGCCAGACGAAUGGAGGGCCGGAUCAGUCGCUUCCUCAAUCGUCUUCUGAUGCUACUCUUCAUCAAUCAGACUUCGAUACCCUUCAACUCAAUGAUCAGCAGCAACGAGGUGACCCUGACCAGACCACCCCAUCCUCUUGA